AAAGAGGAGGGGUGGGUUGGAAAAAAAAAACCACGAAGAGAAACAAAAGCACAGUUGUGGGUGCCUGAAACCAUGCGAGAUUUGCACUAUUCUCAAAGACCGCUGCUCUAUCCGUGGACCAUGUCGUGAGGUGUGGCUCCAGCGCUCGGGAUACUGCCAACAGAUACGCCUGGGAGCGGGGCAGAAGAUGUCCGCCUCGGUAGGGCCCCAAAGCGGCCCUCGCCCACCCACCGUGCCGGCUCCCAUGCCUGACAUGCCAGACUUAAGUCACCUCACGGAGGAGGAAAGGAAAAUCAUCAUGGCAGUGAUGGUUCGGCAAAGGGAGGAAGAGGAGAAGGAAGAAGCCAUGCUAAAGACACUGCACCAGCAGUUUGAGAGUUAUAAGGAGCAGGUGAGGAAGAUUGGGGCAGAAACCAAACGACAGCAGGCUGUCCAUAAAGAUGAUGCACCUACCUGUGGCAUCUGCCGUAAGACCAAGUUUGCAGAUGGCUGUGGGCAUCUGUGUUCCUACUGCCAGACCAAGUUCUGCGCCCGCUGUGGGAGAAGAGUGUCGCUGCGCUCAAAUAACGAGGAUAAAGUGUGUUUCAUAGGGAAAGACAGGGUGAUGUGGGUAUGUAACCUGUGCAGGAAACAGCAGGAAAUCCUAACUAAGUCAGGAGAAUGGUUUUCAUCAGGGCCUGGGGGGAGGCCUCUUAGUGUGGGCGCUCCCCUCAGUGUCCCUGAGUUGGAGAAGGACAGGAAGUUGCGGUCCAGAUCACAGGCACCGGUCACAAACGACACCCUGCCACCCAGCACUGGAGCCGGUGACGCCACCAGGGGAGCAGAUACGAUGCCUGCUUCACGCUCCCGCAGUGAACCACCACGAGACAAGAAGAGACCCGUGUCCCUGCACGAGCAGAAUGGAAAAGUGAUAGGACGUGGAGAGAGAAGGAGAGGCCCAGGCCGGUUGUCAUCACAGGCCUCCGAAGACCGAGCUCCAGGUGAGAAGCGUGACAGCAGACGAUUGGAGAAAGGCCAUUCGCAGGAAUACCCAGAAAAUGAGCCCACCCAUCCCGAACGGCGAAGGAGACAAGAAGAGGAAGAGCGAGAACGUCAAAGACGAGAGGAAGAGUACCAGACUCGGUACCGCAGUGACCCGAACCUCGCCCGCUACCCUGUCAAACCGCAGAAGGAGGAACAGGAAAUGCGAAUGCAUGCCAAAGUGUCCAAAAUGCGCCAGGAGCGCCAUCACAGCGACCUGGCCAUCAACGAAGUGGGAUUAAUGCAAGAUGGGGGUGAGGCGGCUGGAAAUCGCAUGAGCAGGCAACGAGUGGCCAACAACGAAGACCGCAAGACCCUUUUAGAAAACCAUCGAGCUUAUUCUGUGGACAGGACCGUGGGGGGUGGCAUUGGGGGACAAGGAUCCCUCGCCAAACAGGGCCACGGUGGUCCUCAAAUGGGUCCUACCGGGCCCCUAGACCUCAGGGACGGACAGGACUGGGGCCCAAAGGGGCAUCUGGAACCUGGGUCCGCAGCUUUUCUGCACAGGGCUAAGCGGGAAAAGGCUGCAGAAAUCAUGCGUAAAGAUUCUUCUCUUAGCUCGGACCAAUCAGAGUCGUUACGGCCACCUCCGCCUAGAGCCUACAGACCCAAACGAGGCCUCAACAAAAGGCAGAUGUCCAUCAGUAGCUCGGAAGAAGAGGGCGGCUCCACACCUGAAUACACCAGCUGUGAGGACGUGGAGAUCGAAAGUGUUAGUGAAAAAGGUGACUGGGACUGUCAUCCUCUGGACCCAGCUGUGUGGCACCAUCCAGUGAGCUGGCAGCCAUCCAAAGAGGGAGAUCAUUUGAUUGGCCGCAUCACUCUAAGUAAGCGCUCCACCAUGCCACGAGAAGCUGGUUCCCUGCUGGGUCUGAAGGUGGUUGGUGGGAAAAUGACAGAGUCAGGGAGACUGGGGGCCUUCAUCACCAAAGUAAAGAAAGGAAGUUUGGCUGACAUUGUAGGCCAUUUACGAGCAGGCGAUGAGGUGUUACAGUGGAAUGGAAAGGCGUUGCCUGGCGCAACUAAAAAGGAAGUGUACAAUAUUAUUCUAGAGUCCCAGUCAGCACCUCAAGUGGAAAUAGUUGUUUCCAGACCGAUUGGAGAUACACCGAGACUUCCAGGAACAUCACAUCCUCCUCUAGAAUCAACUGGUUCAAGUUCUAUAGAUGAAUCCCAAAAGGUGGACCGUCCAUCCAUCUCUGUAAUGUCACCGACUAGCCCUGGGAUGCUGAGAGACCUCCCUCUGGUCCUGCCAGGCCAGUUGUCGGUGAAAUUAUGGUAUGAUAAAGUGGGCCAUCAGCUCAUUGUCAAUGUCCUACAAGCACGAGAACUGCCCCCUCGACCAGACGGACGACCCAGAAAUCCCUACGUCAAAAUGUAUUUUCUUCCUGAUAGAAGCGACAAGAGCAAGAGACGGACGAAAACGGUGAAGAAGAUUGCAGAGCCAAAGUGGAACCAGACGUUCCUGUAUUCUCACGUUCACCGCAGAGACUUCAGAGAGCGCAUGCUGGAGAUCACUGUUUGGGACCAGCCCAGAGUCCAGGAGGAAGAAAGUGAAUUUCUGGGAGAGAUUCUGAUCGAGCUGGAAACAGCUCUGUUGGAUGACCAGGCACACUGGUACAAGUUGCAGACCCACGAUGUGUCGUCCCUGCCGUUGCCCCAGCCGUCCCCCUGCCUCCCUCGCAGACAUGUUCAUGGAGACAGUCCUAGUAAAAAACUGCAAAGAUCUCAUCGCAUCAUUGAAACAGAUUAUGAUGAUGGUAUAACGGUAGUUUCCUCAGCAGCAGAGAGGAACUCCAGAGACCGGGAGAGGUCAAGCACACUGACCGUACCUGAGAGACAGGCGGCCAUACAGCAUCGCUCGCGGUCAGUAUCCCCGCACAGAGAAGACCAAUGCAGAGCCCGCUCUCGACCUGCACACGUCCCUAUGCAGAGGAGUCUGGAUGAGAUCCACAAAAACCGCCAUCAUUCCUAUUCUCCCUCUCACUACCACGACUCCCACCAGGAACAUCGCUCCGGAGAUUCUGACUAUGAAUAUUCAGAGGACAGCGAGGUCCUGGAGAUGCACAGAUCAAUCCGAGGUGGGAGUGCUGAGUGCCUGCAUACAAACAGUGAUCUUCAGCCUUCAUUAGACAGAGUAAGAAGUGCCAGCACGACUUGUUUGAGACCAGAGUCAAACUUCCACUCGCCCGAAAGAGAAAGAGAACUUCAGUACGGUGGACAUUACUCCCCGGCAGGGACCACGUCGUUAGGACGCAGGGGCAGACAGCUGCCACAGCUCCCUGCAAAGAGCAGCAGUAUAGAGCAAGCCCUGGCGGUGGAAGAGCGGGCUCGUCAGUUGCAAAUGAGAGUACAUUCCUAUCGGCCAGGCUCUUCUGCCAGCUCUGGUCACGACCCAGAGGCAGAGCUCAAAAACAGGAGAGAUAUGUACAAGGACCAGAGGAGGAGUUGUGAUAACAUGUCUGCGAGGUCAUCAGACAGCGACAUGAGCGAUGCAUCGGCUAUCUCCCGUGCCAGCAGUGCCUCACGGCUCAGCGCCACCAGCUACAUGUCCAUUCAGUCUGAGAGACCACAUGGGAGAAUCAGGUCGAAAUCGUUGGAGAGUUGUAAAGGAGAUGAAAAGAAGGAGAGAAGGAUUUCAUGGGGGGUGAAUGGAACAGACAACAGGAGGAGUCUAGGAAAGAGACGUUUCUCUGAGGAGCUUAAACGCAGACGUCAUACGGUGGCUGGAGAUGUGAGUCGACAGGUCAGAGCCUCCUCUGGUCGAAGCAUGCUGAAGAGCACAAGCGUGAGCGGUGACAUCAACACGUCAGAGCGAACAGACGGCAGCCAGUCUGACACCGCCUUGGGAACGGUUGGAACUGGAGCGAAAAAACGCCGCUCCAGCCUCAACGCUCGAUUUGUGGCCAUCGUGGGAAAUCGCAGCCGAAGCACCUCACAGAUCAGUCAAACAGAGGCAUCCAAUAAGAAGUCGAAGGGCAGUCAAGGGACGAUCCAGCGCAGCCAGGAGACGGGAAUGGCUGUGGAGUUGCAGAGGAAUAUGAGUCGUCAACCCAGCCGUGAAUCUAACAACGGAAGCAUGAACAGCUACAACUCUGAGGGCAGUCCAAUCUUUCCAGCAGUUCGAGUCGAGACUCAGUUCAGUGACUUCCUGGAUGGACUGGGCCCUGCUCAACUAGUCGGUCGACAGACACUUGCCACACCGGCGAUUGGUGACAUUCAGAUUGGCAUGGUGAAUAAGAAAGGCCAGCUGGAGGUGGAGGUGAUAAGAGCACGAGGUCUCAUCCAAAAACCAGGGUCCAAAUCACUCCCCGCUCCAUAUGUCAAAGUCUAUCUUCUACACAAUGGGGCGUAUGUAGCUAAGAAGAAGACAAAAAUUGCACGCAAGACACUCGACCCGCUGUACCAGCAAACGCUGCAGUUUGAAGAAAGUCCACAGGGUAAAGUGUUACAAGUAAUUGUCUGGGGAGAUUACGGACGAAUGGACCACAAAUCCUUCAUGGGAGUUGCACAAAUCCUGCUAGAGGAGCUGGACCUCUCCAGCAACGUGAUUGGCUGGUACAAACUUUUCCCGCCUUCUUCCCUAGUCGACCCAACUCUUGCCUCUCUGACUCGACGUGCUUCUCAGACGUCCCUGGACAGCUCGCCGGCACCUGCGGGGGUUCGAUCGUAGUGGACUAAUAACCUAAAGCACAGUCCGAGAGACAACAGGACAACAAUAAAGAGCCAGGCAGAAAAUGCGAUGAAAUAACACAAAGCUUUGUUCAAAUCUGACAAUCACUCCUGUGACUUUGUUUUUGUUUUCCUCUUCGUGGGUAGCCCGUGUUCUGCCAAGUUUGUUUGUCCUAAACGAAAUCGUUUGUUUCUCUCACUGUUCGUCGCGUGAGACUUAGGGCUGUCUACACUAGCACGCGGGAAGCACCGCUUUAGGGCGACGUAGAAAGCAGGGUGAUAUUCAGUCAAGUCUUCAUCGAAAUGUACGUUAGCUAGUUUUUAAAAGAGCAUCAGAAUGUAUCAACCCAAAAACAAAGGUGACCUCUGACCAAGGGAUUGUGGGGCCUCGGUUCGAGGCCCUAUUUAAACCCUGUUUGUACUGAAAGCGAAAGGUCAGGAACUUGAAAGACGUAGGGCGUCCCCUGGGGAGGUUGUCUGGAAGGGCAGGGCCUUUCUUGGUGCCUAAACCUGGAGGACCCAAAGCCAUGGUCCAUUUCCUCCAAAAAAGUUCCUCUGUUUUCAACGUAAGCGACAGCUAACGGAGGCCACUCUCAUUAUUUAUUUAGCUUCUUAUUUUUAAUUUUUAGUUUUUUUUUACAUCUCUAGCACGUUUUAUGAAAAACAACAGGUUUGUGUUGUCCAGUGUACUGUGAAAAUGACAGGAAAUGCUAAAAACGAAAUCGAAGACAACGUAUCUGGAAAUACACACAUUUCUUUGCACAUUUUCAGUUACUUUUAUUAACCGAAACUAUUGAUUACCCUACAGUACGUUGCAAUACGUCAUCUUAUUCAGCCAAUUGAACUGAAUUUUUUAGAUGCUUGACCUUAUCAUCAAACGCUAUUUAAAAAGUUUUAGUUUAGUUCAUGAAAAACACUAUAUACUAAGACAAACAUAUUUGUGUACUCAAUUUAAGGUCUUUGAUAAAGGAAAUAUAUACAAAUAUGUUUUCAUCCGUCGAGCGAAUCUUGAUACGUAGACUUUUUCAGACACUAAACUAACUUUUUAACUUCGUUUGAUGCUAAGUGUUCGCGUAGACGUACAUUUCUCUUUUUAAUACAUGUAUGCGGUUUGGCAAACGCCACUUUCAGCUUACACCGUACCACUCUGAAGCCACGAGAUUGGCUCGAGCCCUUGCACAUACGUCUUUAUUUUGAAUUAAAAAUGCAAGCACAAAAGCUUGAUUUUUAAAUAAAAAAAUAUAUAGAUAUAUAUAUAUAUAAAAUCAAGCCAACUAGCUUGUUAAUUUCAUUUCCACUUUGUGUACUUUACAGAAAACAGAGAAAAGAGUCAUGCAAAUGCAAAUUCCUCUUGUGUGUCUCUGUAAACGUUGAAGUGACCAAUCCGAUUUUGCCAUCACGAGCAUAAGCGCCAAUCAUCUAUCAGGCCACUGGCCCCUCCCUCCAGUGCGGCGGAGCAGCAUGACUCGGAUCAGUUCCCAGCUGCAUGCACAUUUUUGUAAAACAGACUACACAAAUGUUAAAAAGUAACAGAAAUAGAUAUGUGUUAGUUCAACAUACUGUAGGCCAGCUUGUAUGUUGCAUGUACCUGUACAGUUUGCUUGUACUUGAAUAUAAGAGAUAAACCAAGAAAAAGAAGCCAUUUGCUUUCACUCAGACUUUUCAUAUCAGCUAAAAAAAAAACUAGUUCAUGUCCUCCAUUCGGUGCUGAAUGUUGCAACAUUUUUUUUUUCUUUCCAUUUUUCUUUUUCUUUUUUUUUUUUCCUUCAGGUUUUUGAUUAUUGCUUUUUAGUCUUUUACAUCCCUUAGGGGAAAAUGUGCUGUACUGUAACACCGAACGAAAACUAACCUCCCUCAUGUUUUACAGAUUUUACUGUAUCAUAAUUUACCUCAAAACCACAGAAAUUAAACCUAGAAAAUGUGUAUACAUCCCGUCAAGUUAUUCAAGAGCAUACCGAUAUCGAAACAGGAAAUGUCAAAAAUAUAUCAUUACAUGCAUAGCAGUAUCCAUGUUAAAUAUAAAUGUAGAUGCACAGAGACUUAUUAGCGCAUGUGUUGUAAAUAUGAGAUGACCGUGUGGUUAAGCCAUAUUUGCAAAGGGGCCAAGGCUUACUUUUGAGAACAACCAUCCCAAUACGAGGGACCGCUGAGCGGACACCUUUCUUAUCAUAUGGGUCCAAAUCUAGAGCUCUCACUGUCACUUUUAGAGGGCCGAACCACUCCGCUCUAAAGCUGUAGCCAGAUCCUCAUUUUUCUCUGUGCUUUCGAGCCAAAUUCUUCACCUCUGCUAUCAGAAAAUUUUGAUUGUUUUUCUUCAUGAGAGACAGGCGUUUCUUUUACUUGAUCAGUAUUCUUGGGUAGAGGAGAAAAACAACGCUGACUGUUUACAACUUCUAGUAUGUGUUCCACUGAGACGAUGAAAAAGAAAAAGUAUUCACUGCAACAUUUCUGUUUGUAUACAGGUGUGGCUCAUACGAUGUGUAUGUUUUAUAUUUAAAAAAAGGAAAAAAAAGUUCAUUUUUAUUAUUUCCAAAUAAAAAAAAAAAGUGUGUGGAAGAUAUUUCAA